UCUCUCUCUCAAAAAUAAAUAUUAAAAAAUUUAAAAUUUUUUAAAAAUUAAAAAAAAAAAAAGAAUAUAAGGAAAAGGCUGUAAGGAGGAAAAGGUAGGCCAAUGAGGGUGAGUGGCAAGCAGGAAGCUGACAGCCCAGGCCCUGUCUUUGCUACAAUCAAAUGUCACUAAAGGAAUAAGAAUACAGCUGUUCAGAUUGUAAAAGGGAGAGAGGCCUGAGGCAAAGGAGGCUGCCGGCAGCUUCUGCUUAUCCUCCAGAUGUUGGGAGAUAAGGAUUCAGUCUCAGAGGACGGUUUUGAGUGAGAGAGAGGAAGAGGAGGAUCCAGGAGGCAGGGAAUGAAUCAGCAGGACCCGGGAGUGGGCGUGGAGUGAACCUGACGUUGAGAAGGCACUGAGAGCCCUUGUACCUGCCUGGGAGCGGGGCAAGGGCAGGGACCGUUUCAAAGAUUUCGAUGCUCCUGGCAGCCUUGGGGAAAUUGGGAAGGCCGGCCCACCGAGGGGGCAGGGUAUAGACCCUGAGUUCAGGGUGUGGUGUGUGUGAGGAUAGGUGGUCCUGGACCGCAGUCCUACAGCCUGGAGCAAAGCGUGCGGUGAGGAGGGAAAGAAAAACCUCCAUUCUGCCCUCUCCCCUCACCACCCCCUCCUCAAAUCUGGGGACCAGCCCAAGCCCUCGGGAGUACCCUUCCGGUUAACCCCUCCCCCACCCCUCCCCCCCUUCCAUCCUCCCUCCCCCCCACCCCUCGAAGGAGCCAGCAGUCUCCAGGCUCAGUGUGAGAACAGUUGCACAUCCCUGCCCCCACCCGACAGGCCUGGAGGUCCUCCGGUGAAAAACCUGUGAGCUGCUCAACUACGGUCACGUAUUAUUUUGAUUUGCAGUGGCUUUUACAGCCUCGGAGUAAAUUAGCGAACAUUCGCCGAGCACCGUUCGAGGUAUACCCUGUGAGCCAGUUUGGGGUGGGUUUUUCAAUGGAAUAUCCGUGUUUGGGUAAUUUAGGCUUAACAUUUUAUGCAAACAUAAAACGAACCUAGACACCAUGGGGAAAAAAAACUUGAUAGACUAGCUACAGAAAUAACUUUCGGGGCAUCUUUCUGGGAAAAUAAGCCACAGGACUGCCGCCUGAGUCUUAAGGAACAACUGAAGUGCCCUGAAGGUGUAAUUAUGGGGAAAGUGAAAACCUCCCAGCCUUCUGUAAUCUGAAGGGUCAGGGGGGCGGGUUGGAGGAGAGAAUUUGCUACUCAUGAGAACAGAGGAAGUGAAAUGCGUGCUGUGUUUGAUGGCAAGAAGUGCUGGUGGCGAAGGAAGAAUCCUCUGGCCCCAAACGGCCUCUCGGGUCCCCCUCCCCCUCGCCAGUAGCCUGACCUGUCCCCUCCCCAGCGGGAUGUCUAGCUCCACACACCUGUGCCCUCGGUGAGAGAAUGGCAACAGUCGGCACUUGUCGAAGAACCUGUAAUUGAGCUGUAGGGGGAAAUAAAAGGAGAAAGGUGAACCCCACUGCAAAGGACCACGAGGCAAUGCCAGGACGAGGGAGUUGGAGUGACCUGGGUGAUUCUGUGUGAAUCAGUCAGGGUGGCCUUCCUGGAGGAGGCUGAGGCCCCAAGGUGUGGCCAUCGCAACAGAUCAAGCUAUUUCCAGGGUCGGGCCCGGCACUCAGAGCUGACCCAGCCGGGGUCCCCAUCGGUCCCCGAGGAUGCGUCUCCUCCGUAGACGCCACAUGCCCAUGCGCCUGGCCAUGGUGGGCAGUGCCUUCGUGCUCUUUCUCUUCAUCAUGCACAGGGAUGUCAGCAGCACGGAACAGGCUACAGAGAAACCGUGGCUGAAGUCUUUGGUGAGCCAGAAGGACCAUGUUCUGGACCUCAUGCUGGGGGCCGUGAACAACCUUCGAGAUUCGAUGCCUAAGCUCCAGAUCCGGGCCCCAGAGCCCCAGGAGACACCGGUCUCCAUAAACCGGUCCUGCCUACCUGGGCUCUAUACCCCAGCAGAGCUGAGGCCCUUCUGGGAACGGCCACCACAGGAUCCCAAUAGCCCUGGGGCAGAUGGAAAAGCAUUUCAGAAGGACAAGUGGACCAGUCUGGAGACCCAGGAGAAGGAAGAAGGCUAUAAGAAACACUGUUUCAAUGCGUUUGCCAGUGACCGGAUCUCCCUGCAGAGGGCCCUGGGGCCAGACACCCGACCCCCUGAGUGUGUCGACCAGAAGUUCCGCCGCUGCCCUCCACUGCCCACCACCAGCGUCAUCAUUGUGUUCCACAACGAGGCCUGGUCCACGCUGCUGCGAACCGUGUACAGCGUCCUGCACACCAGCCCCGCCAUCCUGCUGAAGGAGAUCAUACUGGUGGAUGAUGCUAGCACCGACGAGUACUUAAAGGAACAACUCGAGCAGUACGUAAAGAAGCUGCAGAUCGUGAGGGUGGUGCGGCAGGAGGAACGGAAGGGCUUGAUCACUGCCCGACUGCUCGGCGCCAGCGUGGCACAGGCAGAGGUGCUCACCUUCCUGGACGCCCACUGCGAGUGCUUCCAUGGCUGGCUGGAGCCCCUCCUGGCUCGCAUUGCUGAGGACGAGACGGUGGUGGUGAGCCCAGACAUCGUCACCAUCGACCUGAACACUUUUGAGUUCUCCAAGCCCGUCCCGAGGGGCAGGGUCCACAGCCGUGGCAACUUUGACUGGAGUCUGACCUUUGGCUGGGAGGCUCUGCCCGCACAUGAGAAGCAGAGGCGCAAAGAUGAGACCUACCCCAUCAAAUCCCCGACGUUUGCUGGCGGCCUCUUCUCCAUCUCCAAGUCCUACUUUGAGCACAUCGGUACCUAUGAUAAUCAGAUGGAGAUCUGGGGAGGGGAGAACGUGGAAAUGUCCUUCCGGGUGUGGCAGUGUGGGGGCCAAAUGGAGAUCAUCCCCUGCUCUGUGGUAGGCCACGUGUUCCGCACCAAGAGCCCUCACACCUUCCCGAAGGGCAUCAGUGUCAUUGCUCGCAACCAAGUGCGCCUGGCUGAGGUCUGGAUGGAUAGCUACAAGGAGAUCUUCUAUCGGAGAAAUCUGCAGGCAGCAAAGAUGGCCCAAGAGAAAUCCUUUGGUGACAUUUCGGAACGACUGCAGCUGAAGGAACGACUACAUUGUCGCAACUUUUCCUGGUUCCUGCACAACAUCUACCCAGAGAUGUUUGUUCCCGACCUGAAGCCCACCUUCUACGGAGCUAUCAGGAACCUUGGCGUCGAUCAGUGCCUGGAUGUGGGUGAGAACAACCAUGGGGGGAAACCCCUCAUCAUGUACACCUGCCACGGCCUUGGUGGCAACCAGUACUUUGAGUACACAACCCAGAGGGACCUACGCCAUAACAUCGCGAAGCAGCUGUGUCUACACGCCAGUGCCGGCACUCUGGGCCUGCGGAGCUGUCACUUCACUGGCCAAAACAGCCAAGUCCCCAAGGAUGAGGAGUGGGAAUUGACCCAGGACCAGUUAAUCAGGAACUCAGGAUCUGGUACCUGCUUGACAUCUGAGAACAAAAAGCCAGCCAUGGCCUCCUGCAAUCCCAGUGACCCCCACCAGCACUGGCUCUUCGUCUAAGCUCCUCAUCACCCCCACAGGAGUUCCCACAAGCCUCUCAGGAAACAGGACUUUGGGGAACCUGAUGUUUGAGAACCUGAUUAUCAGCUGCUCAGUAGGCCUUAAAGAUGGGUUUCUUUUUUUUUUUUUUUUUAAGUAAAAUAAGGUAUUUUAUUAUUGUUUUAAUGUGCAUUUCUUGGUGAUUAAACACUUUUUCCACAA